AUGCAAGAUAAUCUGAUUGAUCUUCUCAGUCAUGACAAUAUUCUCAUGGAUGCUUCUCUAUGGACCUUUACAGGUGGAAGCUUGAGCACAGUUGAAACAUUGGCAUCAACUGCUAUUUGUGGAAUUAUCCACUCAAUAUUUGGUGGUCAACCUUUGUUAAUUGUAGGAGUUGCUGAACCAACUUGUCUCAUGUACACCUAUCUAUACAAUUUUUGCGCAAAAACACCAGAGUUAGGUGCUCAGCUUUUCUUGGCUUGGGCUGCUUGGGUCUGUGUUUGGACAACAUUGUUGCUGAUUCUACUGGCAAUUUUCAACGCGUGCACGAUUAUAAGUAGGUUUACUAGGAUUGCAGAAGAAUUAUUUGGCAUGCUAAUUACUGUGCUUUUCUUUCAACAGGCUGUAGAGGGACUCCUAACUGAGUUCAAGACACCAAAGGCUGCAGAUCCCUUGUUAGAGGAAUAUCAAUUUCAUUUGCGGUAUAUAAAUGGAUUACUUUCGGUCAUUUUCUUUUUCGGGUUAAUUUUCACUGCCAUGUUAAGCAGAAAAGCAAGAAAAUGGCGAUACGGAACAGGGGGCAUACGAGCCUUGGUUGCAGAUUAUGGUGUUCCAAUGAUGGUAGUGCUUUGGACUGUAAUAUCUUAUGCUGUGCCAGGCAAAGUUCCACCUACUGUUCUUAGAAGGUUGUUUUGUCCACUUCCUUGGGAUCCUGCAUCUUUCUACCAUUGGACAAUAAUGAAGGAUAUGGUAAAUGUACCAUUGUUGUAUAUCUACGGAGCAUUUAUUCCGGCAAUGAUGAUAGCAGGUUUAUACUUUUUUGAUCAUAGUGUAGCUUCCAAGAUGGCUCAACAGAAGGAGUUCAACCUUCAAAAACCAUCUGCAUACCACUAUGAUGUUUUUCUCCUUGGAAUAAUGACUUUGAUUUGCGGUCUUCUCGGUCUUCCUCCAUCAAAUGGAGUCCUUCCUCAGUCUCCUAUGCAUACAAAGAGUUUAGCAAUUCUUCGGAGGCAGAUGAUUCGAAAGAAGGUGGUGAAAGGUGCCAAGGAAUGCAUUAGGCACCAAGGGACGAACGCUGAAUUAUACGGAACGAUGCGCUCCGUUUUCAUAGAAAUGGAUGCAGUGCCCACGGCUAGAGAGUUGGAGAAUUUGAAGGAUGCUGUAAUGAAUACUAAUCCUGGUACAAAGGAAAAGUUUGAUCCUGUAAAACAUAUAGAUGCGUAUUUGCCUGUUCGAGUUAACGAGCAAAGAUUGAGCAACUUAUUGCAAUCUGUCUUUGUUGCCUUAUUACUAUUAGCUACAUCUCUUAUCAAAAGGAUACCUACCUCAGUUCUUUGGGGAUAUUUUGCUUACAUGGCAAUUGAUAGUCUUCCAGGGAAUCAAUUUUUUGAGAGAAUUUUGCUUCUUUUCAUCACCCCGAAAAGGCAGUACAAAGUUUUGGAAGGCACUCAUUCGUCGUUUGUGGAGUCAGUACCAUUCAAGACAAUAGCUGGAUUUACAGCUUUACAGCUUCUAUACUUUUUUCUGUGCUAUGGUUUAACAUGGAUACCUAUUGGUGGAAUAUUGUUUCCAGUACCUUUCUUCCUUCUCAUAAUGCUAAGAGAGAAACUGCUUCCAAGAUUAUUCAAGGCAAGCCAUCUUCAGGAGUUAGAUGCUUUUGUUAAACAUCGUCCGACCAAAUAUUCUUUUUGUAUAAAACAAGAUGAUUGGGAUAAAUUUGUAGCCCAACAUAUGACUGCAAAGUUUCAGUUAGUGAUGAGAAUCAAGAAAGUAGCUGAGAGUCGACUACCUAGUGAUAAAGGUUCUUGCAACCCUGGAUCAUUUGGCAACAUUCCCGAGUCAAGUGCAAUAAAACCAAGUCCAUCAAAGCAAACUACAUCUGGUGUCAAUACUUUCUUUGCUAAGCAACCCAAAGCAUGUACUAACAAAGCCUUCAAACCACCAAGAGUUGAGACAUUUUCUGAACUAAUGCCAAGUAAUAGUGAUCAUGUUAAAAGAUUGAUUCCAACUAACAAGUUAAAGAAAAAAACUGACUUGGAAAAUGUAACAAGAAAGAGUGACGAACUAAGGACUCUUAAAUUAAGAGACAUAAUUGGACCUGGUAAAGAACCUGAUAAUUCAUUGGUGAUUAAUGGAGAUGAAGAGACCACAAUAAAUGUUAUUGGAUGUGCAAAGACUUCAAAAAGUUAG